GGAGAAGCAAGAUGGGAGAGCUGGCCGUGCACUCCGUCCUGGUGACCGGGGCCAACCGGGGGAUCGGGCUGGGGCUGGUGCAGCAUUUCCUGGGGCUGCCAAAGCCGCCCAAGUGGGUGUUUGCGGGGUGCCGGGACCCCAAGGGCCAGCGGGCGCAGGAGCUGCAGCGCUUGGCCUCCAAGCACCCCAACCUGCUCAUCCUGGCGCUCGAAGUCACCGACCCCGCCAGCGUCAAGGCGGCUGCAGCCCGAGUCGGGGAGCACGUGGGGGGCUCGGGGCUCACCCUCCUCAUCAACAACGCCGGCAUCGUCAAGUUGAACCCCAUUGAUGCCGAGACACUGGAGGACAUGAGCCGGGUUUACACCACCAACACGAUUGGCCCAAUGCUGAUGGGCCAGGCGUUCCUGCCCUUGCUGAAGAAGGCUGCCCAGGCCAGCCCAGGCUCAGGGCUGAGCUGCAGCAAGGCUGCCAUCAUCAACGUGUCCAGUGAUGCCGGUUCCAUCGCUUCUCCCCCUGCUUGGGAAGUGUUGCAUGCUGUCUCGUACCGCUGCAGCAAGGCUGCUCUGAACAUGCUGACCAGGUGCCAGUCCCUGGGGUACCAGGAGCACGGCAUCCUCUGCGUUACCCUGCACCCCGGAUGGGUCCAGACCGACAUGGGGAGUGCAGCUGGAUUUACGCCCCCUCUGACGGUGGAUGUCAGCGUGCGAGGGAUGCUGAAGGUGCUCUCCUCCCUCUCCGAGAAGGACACCGGCACCUUCCUGGACUGGGAGGGGAAGGUCGUGCCCUGGUGAUCCCUGGCCCGGGCUGCCUCCAGCGGGCCCUGUGCCGCUGCUCGCAGCCGCCCCCCGUCCGCAAUAAACGCCGUCCCGAGAGGCUCCGGCCCCGCUGUUGGCACCCGCUCACGGGCCGGCCCCGC